UUGCUUGCACGUUAGACGUAGUUUUGGGAUUUGUUCUAUUACCCCAAAAACAGGAAUCUUGAGGAGAGGAAUAAUACACUUUGCGUGAUUCAAAAUUUGUCCGAAAACCUGACAAGUUCAGAAAUCAGAAUCCAUCCCGAAUUGAUUCAAUUUGAAGAUGCCAAAUAUCAAGACCCGAACGACAUGAGUGUGUAUAGAGUAUCUCGGAGCGAGCAGAAGUUCAUUUCCAGAACAACACGUGUCAAGUGUCAAUUAUGUCAAAUGUCUACUGAUUAGAAAUUUCCCACAAUCCUCCACGACCUCCCUCAAACACAAAUUUCCCCAUAACCUAAUUUGUGGUUUGUGGUAGCAAGCAUUUUUGUUGUAUGAAUUGAAUAAAAUUAUUGUAUUUAUUUCUCCUCUUUCGAUUGAUUCCGUGUAAAAAUUAAUAAGAGAAAUGGCCGGCCCACCCAAAAAACCCAAAAAAAUCGAAAAACCAACAGAAUCCGGCGACGAGUCUAUGAGCGAAGAAGAAAACGAAAUUCAAACGGAGACGGAGAUUCAAGCAAAUUUCGAUGGUCGCUUUUUAGGAGCCGAACACUAUCACGGAAUAAAACGACUUUUAUUGCAACUAUUUCUAAAAGCCGACAUUGAUCUUGGUCAAAUCACUGAUUUAUUAAUCGGACAAACUGGUAUCGGAUCAGUAUUACAACAAGCUAUUGAAAGUGAUGAUGAUGAUGAAGAAGAAGACAUGGAUGUAGUUGAAGCAACUACUGUUUUCGCUGUAACAAGUAUCCUGAACUUAACAGCCAACAAGGAAACUCCUUGCAUAAAGCAACUGUAUUCAUUGUUGGAAGAAUUAACUGUCCAACAUGCCAGCCAAGAAGCUAAAGAAGGAAUAACAAAAAUACUACAACAAAAUGAUAAAAUCGGCUUCCUCAUUCAUGAAAGAAUUGUAAACAUUCCUGCAAAAAUAUCAGUACCGAUGUUGACUGCUCUGAAUGAAGAGAUUGAAAAAACCAAGAAGAAAAACACCUCCUAUGACUUUGAUUAUUUGAUUAUCAUCAGUAAAACUACAAAACCAAAAAUAGGCCAGAAUGGAGUAGGCGAGACAUUCACCAAUGAAGAAGAACAAUUUUUCCUAAAAAAGGCCGAAUGGACAUUUGACUUUAAUGUAGAGAAAGACUGUGAUUUAGUAGCUGCCGAUUGUUUGCCUGAAGAAGAACAGCUGGUACCCUUUAGACGAAUAUCUGUAUUUAGGGCUAGUGUCUUUAGGAACAUUGUUGACACAAUUACAAAUAUAAUUAAUUGAAUAAAACCAAUAAGUUUGAAAGUAAUUACGAGAUUUAACUUAAUUACAUUCACUUCACAAAAAGAACCUUCAAUUUUCCAGUUCCAGUCUGAUUUCUCAAAAACUACACAAAAUAAAACUUUUCAAUUUGUAGAAUAGAAAGGAGAUUAAGAAAACAAGACUUUAG